UCCAUCCUUCCACAUGUCCUUAUCGCCGUGCUUUCAUCAACACAUCGUGGCCGGUUGCAGUGGUUAUGAUACUGCUCGCUUGAGCCGUCGUCAUGAUCCCAUGCACCUUCCUAUUUAAUCCCUCACACGAACGGCAAGUCGCGGGGCUGCUACAAUCCCCUUGCGGGGUACAGUGAACAACCUCUACUGAGCCAAUCGUGACCAGCAAGCUAUAACAUACAUUCCUCACUUACACCAAGGCGCGAAGCUCUCUUCAAAAGUCAAUUGAUCCUCGCGACUUUAGUAUCACAGCAAGCAUGUCGACAGCCGCCCAAGCUCUCCGCGAGAAACAAGCUCCUAUCAAAGACGGCUACCGACGCGACGCGUCUUCCGCUGUCGUCACCCUCAAGUCCUCCGGUUCAAUCGACGAUUCGUCCAUAACGUGCAAGCUCUCCACCGGCGCGGCAGUCAAAGAAGCGUCUCGAAUCGCCGGUCUGCACCCCAAAGCUGGCGGUGAUGAUCCGGCGAUAUCCGGCGAGCUGUGUUCUGGCGACAUGCUGCUCGAUGCACUCGUGGCCUGCUCUGGUGUUACGCUCAAGGUCGUCGCAACCGCUUUGAAUAUACCCAUCAUCUCUGGCACCGUCUCCGCGGAGGGCGAUCUGGACUUCCGAGGCACGCUUGGUGUUGAUCGGACUGCGUCGGUAGGAAUGACGGAUAUAAGGUUGGGGUUUCAACUGCAGGUUGGUGAAAGAGAUGACGGCAAAGAGGUUACCGAAGAGGAAUUGGAGAAACUGGGCAAGCUGACUGAGCGGUAUUGUGUUGUACUGCAGACGCUCGUGAACAAACCCAAGGUCUCGGUGAGCAUGGCCGGUAAGGGACGUGGGAAGGAUGGAGAUGGCACUGCUCAGUAGAUUGUGGAUGGCAACAUGCUAUUGAACUGCUUGCCUGCAAGUGUAUGAGUGUAAAUUUGCGCAAUAUCACGUCGCUCCAUAACACUGAAAGACUUGACCAAACAUCACUGAGAAGAGAAGGCAACAAGUACCCAUACUAGCCUACUGCCAAAGACUGCCAAACAUCCACCUCAAAGACAGUUGGUCAAACAUGGAGUAAUGUGUUAGCGAUUGACACCCACACUUCGGACAUGUAUUUCAGCGAGCUCGUACAAAAGACACUCGAUAUAGGCAGUGACUAGUAUUGGAUGGACAUUGGCAUAGUUCUAUGUGUAGUAAAGAAAUGGCUUGUAUUGAACUUUGCGGGUAAGAAACAUGUCCUGGAAUAUACCACGAUGUCCUUCGUCUCGACUUCGAUCUACUGUAAAUACACACGAGAAGCGGUGCAUAGAUGUAUCGCCAGUUAAACACACUGCUCGCUUGUAUAUAUAUCCACACGAC